AGAGAAGAAGAAGUCUCCCGCCCCAUCCGCCUGUUGGUUUUAAACCGAGGCGGGACGGUGCUCGGUUCACUGCGGUCCGCGGAUUUCAGGUAGGAGUGUCGGCUUACUGUAAAACCCGCUGCCAACAUGGUGAGGACAAAAGCCGAUAGUGUGCCCGGAUCAUACAGAAAAGCUGUUGCAGCUUCUGCCCCCCGGAAGUCUCUGGGUGCCAGUUCAUCCAACGCUGCCUCCAGCAGCCAGUCCCCCACACCUGCAAAGAACAAAUACACUGGUGGGAACCCCGUGUGUCCUCGUCCCACCCCGACCUGGCAGAAGGGCAUCGGGGACUUUUUUGGCGGCCCCCCCAGGAAGAUGGAGAAGGAGAACAGGCGACCCCAGGAGGUGGAGGAUGAUGAAGAGGCCGGAGGCAGCGGGAUGUCAAAAGCCAACAGGAAAGCCCGGCCGCUGCCCGCUGAGGAUGAGGACGACGACUGAAGCCUGGAUCAGUCCGACUGCUGAUGUACAUCUGUAUAUAAAUUCUGCUCAAUUCACGUUGUAUAGUUCAAUGUUUUUUACCUACAGAAUGUCUGUUUGAGAUCAUCUGGAUUUUGUCUUUUUUACUAAUAAAACUUGACUGAAAACAAA